AGCCAAUUGCAAAUUCUCCUAUAGAUCCAUCACUAGUUGAGAAAAAGAAGAAGAGAAAAAGCAAUUGAAUUCAGCAAUGGAUUAUGUUUUUGUAAGUAGUAUACUAGGAAUAGUAGAGCAACUACAGCUUCUUCUUCUUCUUCAGAAACCCCCACACAAUAAUAAUCUUCCUGAUGAUGCUCAAAUCAUCCUAUCCACCUUAAAGGAUAAGCUCCAUUUCCUGCAAGCCUAUCUAGACAAACCUAAGCCCAAAUUUACCUCUGAUCCCGAUCGCGAGGCAGUGAAAAGGCUGGAUGAAGAAAUUAGAGAUGUUGCAAUGAAAGCAGAAGAUGAAAUCGAGUCCAAACUGGGUGAAAUUUACCAGGUGCAGGGUGAGGGAGUAGCAGUAAAGGAGGCUUGUGAAGAUCUUCAUCGGAGCUUGCAGCAAUUAGUGAAGGAUUUUGAGUGUGUUGAAGUGCAAAUCAGAGAUCUGCAAAUGAGACAUACAUUUGAUGAUGCUUCUUCUUCUUCUUCUUGUUUACAGCUAGAGAACGUGAGGGAUGGUGUCUCCUCCUCCUCCUCCAACUAUGAAUUAGAGAAUACAAUGAUAGGAAUCGAAGGUGAUGUUGAGAAAAUAAAAGACAUGCUUCUCAUUCAAUCUUCUUCGUCCACUCAACUACAAAUUGUUUCAAUUGUGGGAAUGAGUGGCACUGGAAAGACUACUUUGGCAAAAAAAGUUUACGAAGAUCCAUCAAUUGUGUCACACUUUGACAUUCAAGCAUGGACGGUCGAAAGUCCACAACACGGUCUGAGAGAUCUACUCAUUGAUAUUCUAAGCUGUAUUGUGUCAUUGACCAAAGAAGAAAUCUCCAAACAAAAUGAUAAGCGGCGGCUAGCAGAGCAACUCCGCAAACUUCUGAUGGGCCAAAGGUAUUUCAUUGUCAUUGAUGACAGUUGGUCCUUGACGGCAGUGCAAAUAUUGAGUAGAUAUUUUCCACGCAAUAAUAAUGGAAGCCGAGUUCUGAUAACUACUCGAGAUAUGAGUGUGGCUAAAUUUGCUAGCAGCUCAGAUAUGUGGAUUUUCGAAACACGUAGUCUGAAUCCAGAAGAAAGCUGGAAAUUAUUAAGCAAAACUGCAACGUCUAAUGGAAAAUUACCCCUCGAGUUUGAGAUUAUAGGGAGACGCAUUGCUGAGAAAUGUAUGGGAAUGCCACUAGGAAUUGUUUUGAUUGGUGGACUUCUAGCCACACUCAACAACUCACCAAAGCAGUGGGAGGAUAUUCUGUUCACCAUUUCAUCAUUCAAGGAUUGUACAACAAUAGUGUAUUCCACACUUGAAGUUUGCUGCAACUAUUUGCCUACACACCUAAAACCUUGUUUUCUUUAUUUCGGAGUCUUUCCUAAGAAUACCAAAAUUCGUGUGAAAAAGUUGAUAAAGUUAUGGGUAGCUGAAGGAUUUGUAAAUCCAGAGAUGGACAAGAAGAAGAGUUUAGAAGAGAUAGCUAUGGAUUAUUUGUGUGAUCUUAUCAAUAGAAGGCUAGUUCAAGUUUACCAGAGGAGUUUGGAUAGAAAGAUCAAAUCAUGUAUGCUUCAUGAUUUAUUACAUCAAUUUUGCGUUACAAAAGCACUUCAGGAGGACAUUAUGGUGGCUUGUAGGACGGAAUAUGAUAAGUUUCCUGAAGGUCAUCGUUGGGUAAGUUGUCGAAAUGAUUACUUGUCAAUUCCUACAAUUUAUUUCACUCACUCUUCACUUAAAACUCGUUCCCUUUUCUACUUUGAUGAAAAUUUAUAUCUUGCAAAGUGUUGGUCGAUAUUCUCAUCUUUGAAGUUGUUAAGAGUAUUGGACUUAUCACUAAUAAAAUGUUGGCAUGGCAUGCCUAGUGAGAUUGUAAAUUUGGUUCAUUUAAGAUAUUUAGCUUUACGAACUAUAGGUUCUGUUUGUAAUGACUCUCAAUUGUUUAAGCUCCAAAGUUUGCAAACUCUCAUUCUCUCAUCGUGGACAAAAGAGUAUCAAUUGCAACUGCCAUGUGAUGUUUUGGAUUUGCCAUGGCUAAGGCAUGUGCGCUUUGAUAAGGGAUCGUCAUCUUAUCUCCCAAUUUUGGUUCAAGAAAACUUACAAACUCUUUCAUGGUUCAAAGUUACCAGCCGAGACUCAAGAACAACAAACUUUACAAAAGCUCCAAACCUGAAGGAGUUGGGGAUCUACAUUGAAGGUGAAGUAUUGCCUAAUGCUCUUGACAGCCUUGCUCAGUUACAUCAGCUUGAGAAGUUAAAGGUUAAAAUGGGAAGGGUGGAGCGGUUUAAUCUCCCAAAUUGUUUUCCAUCAAACCUCAAGCAGUUGACCCUUAGUAAUACGUAUCUUUCAUGGGAAGAUAUGGACAUUAUUGGCAAGUUACCCAACCUUGAUUUACUCAAAUUGAAAGAUUUUGCUGUUUGUGGCCCAAAGUGGACACCAAGGGAUGGGGAGUUUCUACAACUAAGGUUCUUUGUUAUUGAGCGCUCUGAUCUCGAACAUUGGAAUGCAAAUGCAAAUCAUUUCCCAGUUUUGGAGCGUCUAGUUCUAAGAUAUUGCUUGGACUUGGAAAAACUUCCAAAUAAUUUUGAGGAAGUUUAUACAUUCCGAUUAAUUGAGCUAGACAAUUGUUGUUCUUCUCUUGUGACUUCUGCAAUGGAGAUCCAACAAAUGCAACGAGACUUGGGAUAUGAAGGACUUGUUGUUCGUGAUGUAACUAAGAUUGAGCUGCCAACAAAUAAAAGCUCAGAAAAAAGGACUGAGUAUGCAAUUGAUAACUUUGUGUUUGAGGAAAUCUGAUUUAACCAAGGGAAUCAUAUACAAGUUACAAUGAUGCAUUGGCUCAUUCCCAGAAAUGCAUCCUGGCUGCCUGAAGUUGUGGUGUGUCUCAUAUGCAGCUUGGUGUUAUUACAAUGUUGUUUCUUUGGGUUCUUUGAGUUUAUGUUGGAGUUCAUCUUUCAUAAUAUAAAAUGUUGGCUGGUUGGUUGGUUGAACUAUUAUUAUUGUAUCAAAACAAUGGUUCUGAAGUGAGAGUGUAUUACUGGAUUGUGAGAUUCAUUGAAGUGUUAGUGUUAAAUAUGAUUUGGUAUUUGGUUGAGAUCGAUGUUAGUUCUGAACUUACUGUAUCAAAAGAAUAGAAUGGUUCAUUGAAAUAUUAAUGUUAAUCCAUGAUGUUUGAACAUAAUAAGAAUUCCGAUGCUUAUCACAAAAGCACAAAAAUAAAAUGACUUGGCUUUCAAGGGC